CGCAUAAGGCAAAAUCCCCUGCCACAAAAUUAAAUAAUGGGAAAAUUGAGAAGAAUAACAGCAUAAAUCCGCGUGUGUUAUGGAAAUUGAUGCGCAUGAAAGAUACGCCAAGAAUUGAAAUUAGAAUCUGCAAAAAAUGUGCCAAUGCGCUUUAUAAUGAUAAGAAUAAAUUCACUCAGAAGGAAAAUGGAAAUAUUGGAAUUUGCUUUGAAAUUUGUGAAAGCUGCGCAAAAUUAAAUAUGCAAUUCAAGGAUUUUGUUGCUGACUGGGAUGAGAAGAAUAUAGAAAAGUUGAAAAAGUGA